ACCGCUCUCUCCUUCCUCCGCUCACGCACCUCGAAGAAGUCGUGCUCCCGUGGGAAGCGAACCAGGCGCGGCGCGAAGCGGAAGGGCGCGGUCCCGGCCGCGGGGUCCCGCUCCACGGGUAGAGGCUCGGCCGACCCGGGUGCCCCCGCCAGGCGUGCGUGCAGCGCGGGUGGCAGCUGCAUCGCCCUGAGCGCCAGCGGCGCCACGGCCUGUCGGCCACCGUCCGCGAGCCGGCCGGGGCGGGGCCGGACGUGACGUAGAGCGCCACUUCCGCCGCCGGCGGAGCUGCUCUGCGGGCUUGGCGGGCUUGGCGGGCUUGGCGGGCUCGGCCCGGGCGCGCCCCUGCGGAGGGCACAGAGCCAAAGCCAUGAGCGAAUUUCGGGUUCACCACGACGUCAAUGAGCUGCUCAGCCUCCUGCGAGUGCACGGCGGGGACGGGGCCGAGGUCUACAUCGACCUGCUGCAGAGGAACAGGACCCCGUAUGUCACAACCACUGUGUCAGCGCACAGUGCCAAAGUUAAAAUAGCAGAAUUUUCUCGUACUCCUGAAGACUUUCUGAAGAAAUAUGAUGAACUGAAAUCUAAGAACACGAGGAACCUUGACCCCCUGGUGUACCUGCUGUCGAAGCUCACGGAGGACAGGGAGACCCUGCAGUAUCUACAGCAGAAUGCCAAGGAGAGAGCAGAGCUCGCGGCUGGUGCUGCAGCCAGCAGCACUGCCAGCUUCGGUGCCCCCGCCGCAGCCCCCAAGAUCUCCAUGCAGGAGCUGGAGGAGCUGAGGAAGCAGCUAGGCAGCGUGGCCACGGGCCCCACGUGGCAGCAGUCUCUAGAACUCACGAGAAAGAUGCUUCGAGACAAGCAGAACAAGAAAAACUUGGGCCAGCGCCUCCCUGUCUUCCCAGCAUGGGUGUACGAGAGGCCCAUGCUGCUCGGGGACUUCCUGACAGGCUCAGGCGCGAGCAUGGACGCGGCUGUGCCCAUCGGCACACUGCCCCUGGCCGCCCAGGAGGCGGCCGUCGUGGAGGACCUGCUGUACGUGCUGGUGGGUGUGGACGGCAGGUACGUCACCGCCCAGCCCCUCACGGGGAGGCAGAGCCGCACCUUCCUCGUGGACCCCAGCCUGGACCUGUCCAUCCGGGAGCUGGUGAGCAGGGUCCUCCCGGCAGCCUCCAGCUACUCCACCGUGACCAGGUUUGUCGAGGAAAAGUCCUCCUUCGAGUACGGGCAGGUGAACCACGCCUUGGCGGCCGCCAUGAGAACACUGGUGAAAGAGUACCUGAUCCUGGUUACGCAGCUAGAGCAGCUGCAGAGGCAGGGCCUCCUGUCCCUGCAGAAGCUCUGGUUCCACAUCCAGCCGGCCAUGCGCACCGUGGACAUCCUGGCUUCCCUGGCCACCUCGGUGGACAAAGGCGAGUGUGUCGGGGGGUCGACCCUGAGCCUCCUGCACGACCGGAGCUUCAGCUACACGGGCGACAGCCAGGCACAGGAGCUGUGUCUGUACCUCACCACGGCCGCCAGCGUGCCCUACUUCGAGAUCCUGGAGAAGUGGAUCUACAGGGGCAUCAUCGACGACCCAUACAGCGAGUUCAUGGUGGAGGAGCACGAGCUGCGCAAGGAGAAGAUCCAGGAGGACUACAACGACAAGUACUGGGACCAGCGCUACACGGUGGUGCCGCGGCAGAUCCCGUCCUUCCUGCAGAAGAUGGCGGGCAAGGCGCUCAGCACAGGAAAAUAUCUGAAUGUGGUCAGAGAGUGUGGCCAUGACGUCACCUGCCCUGUGGCCAAAGAGGUCAUCUACACGCUGAAGGAGCGUGCGUACGUGGAGCAGAUCGAGAAGGCCUUCAACUACGCCAGCAAGGUGCUGCUGGACUUCCUCAUGGAGGAGAAGGAGCUCGUGGCCCGCCUGAGGUCCAUCAAGCGCUACUUCCUGAUGGACCAGGGCGACUUUUUCGUGCACUUCAUGGACCUCACGGAGGAGGAGCUGAAGAAGCCGGUGGACGACAUCACGCCCACCCGCCUGGAGGCGCUGCUGGAGCUGGCCCUGCGCAUGAGCACCGCCAACACCGACCCCUUCAAAGAUGACCUCAAGAUCGACCUGAUGCCUCACGACCUCAUCACCCAGCUUCUGCGUGUCCUCGCCAUCGAGACCAAGCAGGAGAAGGCGAUGGUCCACGCUGACCCCACCGAACUCACGCUGAGCGGCCUGGAGGCCUUCUCCUUCGACUACGUGGUGAAGUGGCCCCUGUCUCUGAUCAUUAACAGGAAAGCCCUGACCCGCUAUCAGAUGCUCUUCAGACACAUGUUCUACUGCAAGCACGUGGAACGGCAGCUCUGCAACGUUUGGAUCAGCAACAAGACUGCCAAGCAGUACUCCCUGCACUCGGCCAAGUGGUUCGCGGGCGCUUUCACCCUGCGGCAGCGGAUGCUCAACUUCGUCCAGAACAUCCAGUACUACAUGAUGUUCGAGGUGCUGGAGCCGACCUGGCACGUCCUGGAGAAGAGCCUGAGAUCUGCCUCCAACAUCGAUGACGUGCUGGGCCACCACACCAGCUUCCUGGACAACUGCCUGAAGGACUGCAUGCUGACCAACCCCGAGCUGCUGCGCGUCUUCUCCAAGCUCAUGUCCGUGUGCGUCAUGUUCACCAACUGCAUGCAGAGAUUCACGCAGAGCAUGAAACUGGAUAGCGAGCUGGGCCACCUGACCUUGGAGCACGGCACGAUGCAGGGGCCGCCCACGGAGGCCGAGCGGGCCGAGGAGCGUGCCCGCAAGGAGCUUGCCCGCAAGUGCCUGGCGGAGCACGUGGACGCCCCGCAGCUGGCCUCCAGCUUCGAGGCCACCAUCAGUAAGUUCGAUAAGAACUUCUCAGCCCACCUGCUCGACCUCCUGGCCCGGCUGAGCAUCUACAGCACCAGCGACUGCGAGCACGGCAUGGCCAGCGUCAUCUCCAGGCUCGACUUCAACGGCUUCUACACAGAGCGGCUGGAGCGCCUGUCUGCAGAGAGGAGCCAGAAGGCGGCCCCCCCAGUGCCCAGCCCGCGGGGGCCCCCAGCUCCAGCGCCCAGGGUCGCCGUCACUGCGCAGUGAGGCCAGCGCUCCUGCCACAGCUGAAGCCUCAGGUGGAUGAGUUCAGAGGUUUCUCACCAGAGGUUUCCAGAACGCUUGUGCUGUGUGUCCUGUUUAAACAUAAAGUUGAAUCGUCUGCA